AUGACCUUCGCUAUCGACUGCUUUAAAAUGACCAGCAUGCUGAUGAUGAGGGAGAACUUAGAAACACUGAUGAACACCCUUCAAUCGGCGCCGUUCGCACCUGUGGGCGCCGAGGAGCUGGAAAUACAGACGAACUUUGAAAAAUCGGCCGAGCAAACCGGGAAGGUCUAUACGGCCGCCCUUGAGGUUUGGUCAGCAUGGACGGUGUUGGUGACGCUGCUGAUGAAUUUUGCCAGCAGAAAAUUACUGUACCGCGUCUGGCUUCCCUUCGAGUAUAACUCGGCAACAAUAUACUCCUUGGUCUACCUGCACCACGCACUAACAACCGUGAUCUGCGUAACUGCGGUGGUCGCAUAUGAUACCCUAUUCACCGGGCUGAUGAUACAAAUAUACUCUCAGUUCGAGAUACUCCGGCAUCGCCUGCGAAACGUUCACAGGAACGAGAACGAUUUAGUCAAACAUUGUGCCCGUCAUCAUGAUCACAUCUACAAGUUCGCUAACAUGGUGAACAACGAAUUCAGAGCUGUUAUGUUCAUACAGUUCGUCCAGAGCACCGCCGUUCUGUGCUUCGGCCUCUACCAAUUGAUGAUGUCGGAACUUGACGGCAAUCUAGCUGACAUUGCCUUUUACAUUACUUGUUUGCUUCUUCAGAUUUUCUACUUCUGUUGGUUUGGGAACGAGGUCAAGUUGAAGAGUCUCGAGGUGUCCGACAUGAUCUUCGAAAUCGAAUGGACCACGCUGAGCAACAAGACGAAGAAGAUGCUUCUGAUGAUGAUGCGUCGGGCUACAGUGCCGAUUGAACUCACCAGCCUCCACAUCGUCUCCGUCAACAUCGAGAGUUUCAAGGCGUUGAUCAAAACGUCAUACUCGGUAUUCAAUCUGAUUCGACAGAACUAAUUACGAUAGACCGGAUGUGGAUCAUCUGUUGCAUUGGAUCGGAAACGUUCUUAUAAUUUAAUA